AUGCUUCAGGACCGGGAGGGCUUCGUCCGCCUCCCCAACGAACGUUUAGUCUACUCGUCACCUCCCCGCACCAGUCUAUCCCUGACCCCACCACAGGGAUACAAAGGCGGAGAGACUUUAUCGAUCCAAAGCAGUGCUGGCUGCAUUCACCUCACCAACCAACGAGUGGUCUACCUCCCAGCAUCCAAGACCAACGACUUCCAGUCAUUCUCUUCCCCCCUCCUGAACGUCCGGGACUCCCAUGUCUCGGCCCCCUUCUUUGGUCCUAAUGUCUGGACCGCGUUGGUCCAGCCAGUCUCUGGGGGUGGCAUCUCGGCAUCCCUCCCUGCGGUGCAGAUGAAAGUGACUUUCAAGGAAGGCGGAGCCUUUGACUUCCACAGCAACUUCGAACGGAUCAAGGAGCGAAUGCAACAGGCUGUCGAAAAUACAAAUGAGGGCACACGAGGACAACAGACGGUGGACCUCUCAGCUGUCCAUUUGGAGGACUUGCCUGCAUACGAUGCGCCGCCUCGGGCCAACCAGAAUAUCAGACCCGACGAGACAACGGAGGAAGCUCCUAAUAGUCGGCCCCCGGAUGCGAGUGCGGACCCUGUAGAGCCCCCUCCAUGCUAUGAGGAAGUUCAAUCGCAAAGCGUGGCACAUGAGCUAGAGGAGAGGCUACGACGGGCCAGCUGA